AUGAAGGAUUUUAGUGAGUUCAUCGAAGCAUUGAAUGUGAUGGAUCUUCCGGUUUUUGGAAAUCGGUUCACAUGGCUCAAUUCUAAUGGUAAGUGCAGAAGCAGACUGGACAUAAUUUUGGUUGAUGAUCGGGCUAUUUCAUUGUUAUCCUUGAAGAAUCAAGUGGUGGGAGAUAGAGAUGUGUCCGAUCAUCGACCUGUGUGGUUGAAGUCUAACUUCUUCAAUUGGGGGCCUAAACCUUUUAGGACCUUUAACUACUGGUUCUCUCACAAGGAAUUCAUCCCUUUUGUCAUGAAAUUGUGGAACUCGUAUCUCUUCACAGGAACCUCCUGCAAUAUCCUGAUUAAAAAACUUCAAGCCCUUAAAACUGAUCUCAGGAAUUGGAACUACAUUGUUUUUGGAUGGCUAGAGCUAAAGAUUAAGGAUAAUAUUGAAAAUUUCAACAAGCUUGAGUUGGAUUCUGUUGUGGACUUAGACUCCCAAGCUGCAGAAUUGGAUAGGGAGAGGCUGCGAUACCAGGAGGAAAUGAAUCGUUUGAAUCGUUUAUCAGCUGUUAGAAUGGGAGGUAGAAUUGAGGAAGAACCUGAGGGUAUUAAGUCUGAAGCCCUGAAGUUUUUUAAGGAAAGAUAUCUGCAACUAGACUCGUCUAAGUUUAGAUGCGAGUUUGACUUGGUUGCUUGUCUUGAAGAGGAGCGCAAAUUAUUCUUGGAAGCAGACUUCAGUUCUGCUGAAGUGAGAAAGGAUGUGUUCAGUUGUGACGGUAACAAGUGCCCCGGUGUCGAUGGUUUUAAUAUUAAAUUCAUCAAAUCUUGCUGGGAUAUAGUUGGCCAGGAUUUCACGAGCUGUAUCCUAGAAUUUUUCAAGACAGGUUUUAUCCUAAAGAUGUUCGUGUCUUCUUUCAUAUCGCUGGUGCCGAAGAUUAACAACCCUCAACAUUUUGAAGAUUUCAGGCCAAUAACUCAUGUCAGCUGUGUUCUCAAUGUUAUAUCUAAAAUAUAA